CGCCAACAUUUCUAUGAUUGUCAAGCGCAAUGUCAGACUACAAAUUACCGGCACAACUGUUCCUAAGUCACUAGACUAUCCAGAAAAAGGUCCUGAUUUAAAUAUAAUAGACAAUGACUAUAGCUCUGUGAACAUUUCUUCUAUUGGACCACCAAUAACCAUUACCAUCGAGGUUGCAAAUCAAGGUCAAAGUGAUUUAGAAGAUGUGAAACUUCAUAUAAGCGUCCCUCUAACCGAAAAGACAAGGAAUUCAAUUAUCUUCUGUAUCCUGUCAGUAUUAAGGGAGGUGAUGCCAAAACGCAGUAUGCAGUGGAAGAGCCUUGAAUCCUGCUAACCUGUCCUUAACUGGCGG